ACCAUCUUCUUUUGACCACGAACAUCCGUGAUCUGCUCCUUCAUCGUAUCUGUUCUCUCGAUCCUAUCGUCGCGAGAACUUCACACCGCCAUAUUCCCCAAAUCAACACUUUUAUUUGACGCCUCAUCGUAAUCAGCAGCCAUGGAAGAAGAAGUCGCAGCUCUCGUCAUCGACAAUGGGUAAGCUCCCACAUUCCCCGGCUCGGGCUCGAAAUUGGUUGGGGGUAGCUGUUUGAGGCCAUUCAGACCGAACAUCAACCACCGUUAACCUCCAGACUCGAAUACAAGGCCUUAAUAAGAAUCUGGCUGACGGGCUGUGUAGUUCAGGAAUGUGCAAGGCCGGUUUCGCUGGUGAUGAUGCUCCUCGGGCUGUUUUCCCCUCCAUUGUCGGACGUCCUCGUCACCAUGGUAUCAUGAUCGGUAUGGGUCAGAAGGAUUCUUAUGUUGGUGAUGAGGCGCAAUCCAAGCGUGGUAUCCUCACCCUGAGAUAUCCCAUUGAGCACGGUGUCGUCACCAACUGGGAUGACAUGGAGAAGAUCUGGCAUCACACCUUCUACAACGAGCUUCGUGUGGCUCCCGAGGAGCACCCCGUCCUUCUCACCGAGGCUCCCAUCAACCCCAAGUCGAACAGAGAGAAGAUGACCCAGAUCGUUUUCGAGACCUUCAACGCCCCCGCAUUCUACGUCUCCAUCCAAGCCGUCCUCUCCCUCUAUGCUUCCGGUCGUACUACUGGUAUCGUUCUCGAUUCUGGUGACGGAGUUACCCACGUUGUCCCCAUCUACGAGGGUUUCUCUCUUCCCCACGCUAUUGCCCGUGUUGAUAUGGCUGGUCGUGAUUUGACCGACUACCUCAUGAAGAUCUUGGCUGAGCGCGGCUACACUUUCUCUACCACUGCUGAGCGAGAAAUUGUCCGUGAUAUCAAGGAAAAGCUCUGCUACGUCGCUCUCGACUUCGAGCAAGAAAUCCAAACGGCAAGCCAAUCUUCCAGCUUGGAGAAGUCUUAUGAGCUUCCCGACGGACAAGUUAUCACCAUCGGUAACGAGCGAUUCCGUGCCCCUGAGGCGCUCUUCCAACCAUCUGUCUUGGGUCUUGAGAGCGGUGGUAUCCACGUCACAACCUUCAACUCUAUCAUGAAGUGCGAUGUCGAUGUCCGUAAGGAUCUUUAUGGUAACAUUGUCAUGUCCGGUGGAACGACCAUGUACCCAGGUAUCUCCGACCGUAUGCAGAAGGAAAUCACAGCUCUUGCACCAUCGUCCAUGAAGGUCAAGAUCAUUGCCCCACCCGAGCGAAAGUACUCCGUCUGGAUCGGUGGUUCUAUCUUGGCAUCUCUCUCUACCUUCCAACAGAUGUGGAUCUCCAAGCAAGAAUACGACGAGAGCGGACCUUCCAUCGUUCACCGCAAGUGCUUCUAAGCAUUUCCCGAACUUUCUGUGCGUACAUCACGAACUUCACGAAUAUGAUCAAGACGAAGACUCGAGCAAAGCAUGUGUCCCUCCUGUUUUGCUGUCCCACGACGUGUUUACAUUCCGAAAAGUUCUGGUAGCGAUUGAGCGAAUGGGUGGUCUCAUUCGGAGAGCGGACAUCUGGCUG